GGUCAUUCAUUGUAUAGACCUCUAAAGGAAUGGGAAUCGAUUAUCAGGUCACCCAACGAAAAAAUGACCAGAAAUCUUAAAAGGGUUACGUGUCCGGAUAAGCAUUUGUGAAGUUCACGUCCAAACUACUAAAUAUUGUGAGCUGAAUGAUUGAGACAAGAUAUCGACCAAUAACUGGAUUUAAACGAAGGAUUUAUUGGUGACAGCUCUACAGAGUGUGUUGUAUCCGCUCUCCUUUUAAUAGACUGAAAUUCAAAUGACGUUGUCUAAAUUUAAAGUAAAGAACAAAUCAGCAUGGCGGUUGUUGUUUAUUCUGGCGACAGCAAGCAUUAUUAUUGGUUUUAUCUUAGAUAUGGGCAUAUUUAAUGAAACAAGUAAAUUUACAGUCAGCAGAAACCAUUCCAUUGGCACCACAAGAUCAAAACCAAAUAAUCUAAUUAUAAAGAAGACAGUUAUUGCAGAAAAAAAUGAAAGUAAUUUUACAGUCGCCAGAAAUUACUCCCUUGUGACGAAAACAAUUUCAAAACAGAAGACAGAACAGUUACCAAUUAGAAAGAGCAUAGAUUUUGCAGAAAAAUAUAAGAGUAACUUUACAGUCUCCACUGGAACAACAAUUUCAAAACCGAAUAAUGAACCGUUACCAAUUAGAAAGACUAUAGUUAAUGCAGAAAAAAAUAAAAGUAAUUUUACACUCACCAGAAACUACUCCAUUGGAACUUCAACAAUUUCAAAACCGAAUAAUGAACCGUUACCAAUUAGAAAGAGCAUAGAUUUUGCAGAAAAAUAUAAGAGUAACUUUACAGUCUCCAGAAGCUACUUCACUGGAACAACAACAAUUUCAAAACCGAAUAAUGAACCGUUACCAAUUAGAAAGAGCAUGCAGCCAAUGUAUACAACACUGACAUCUCAUAAUCUAAUACACAAUUUAACACCACCAACAAAGAGGAAAGUUAUUGCAGAAAAUAAUGAAAGUAAUUUUACAGUCGCCAGAAACUACUCCCUUGUGACGACGACAGUUUCGAAACAGAACAUAGAACCGUUACCAAUUAGAAAGGAGUAUUGUCCAAACUCCAAAUGGUUUCUCAGCACACAACCAGAAAAUGAAAUCACCGUAGUAACAGCCUAUUUCAAUAUUGGUAGUUUCAUCAAAGGAUCGGCUAUUAAAUUUACUCCAGACCGUUACCUAAAGUGGAUGACAUCUUUCCGGUACCUAAACAACCCUCUAGUUGUUUAUGUCGACGAACAGAAAACGGCAGAUAUCUUCAAGAAUCUAAGAAAACAUUUAAUGAAUAUAACAAAAAUUGUUGUACUGGACAGAAAAUAUAUGUGGUCAUUUGGGCUUAAAAACAGAAUCGAACAAAUAUACUCACCUGAAUCCUAUCCCAAGUUCCACCCUAACACUGUGGUUCCAGAGUAUUCAUGUGCCCAACAUGCUAAAUAUGAAUGUCUACAUAAUGCCAUUUCAAAAGACUAUUUCUCCACCCCUUAUUUUUCUUGGUUGGAUAUUGGAUAUUUUCGUGACAUAGUUGGGUGCAAAAAGGAUUUCAAAUUAGUGUUGCCAGAUAAUUUUAACAAAACAAAAAUUUCGUAUACGCAAGUCCGUGAAUUUAAUCAGAAUAUUACACUGUCAUCUAUUUUUCUGAAGAAUAGCUUGUGGGUUGGAGGAGGAAUGACAUUAGCUAGUAAAGAGGUAACCAAGAAAUUUAUUCGUAUUUUUAAGAACUCUGUAGAAAUACUGUUGGAACAAUCUUUAAUGAAUACAGAUCAACAAGUGAUUUAUGCUAUUUAUUCCAAAGUAGGUCGAGCACUUUUUAAGCCUACGGUAGAAAUACAGCUUCAUAGAUCAGGUGAUUGGUUUUAUUUAGGAUUCCUCUGUCAUCGCUCGUACAAUAAAUCCGUCAUUCUAUCGAAAUCCUCUGCUAUCCCCACUUAUACUACUUCAACAUUCAAACCAUCAUAAACAUUGCCAUCCUUAUCAAUUCAAACCUAUUCCACCAUUGCCUUCAAGAACAUCAUCAGGAUAAACGAGGAUUCGUGAAAAAGAUAGCUAAAACAAGAUAGUAGUUAUUCGGUUAAUCAUUAGCCGAUGUCAGAAUUACACUGGCGACAUGUGACCUAUUCGAGGUCACUGUCCGUAAUAUUGCUCGAACUUAUGAAACGGAAACUGAUUUAAUUUAACAAAUUGUCCAUUUUAAUCGACUUUGCUAAUGGGUUUUUUUUUCUCGGAAAAAUCACUAGAUAAUGUCCCUAGUGUAGACAAGACGUAGAUGCAAUCCCUGCCCUCUUCUGGAAUAUCACCGGGGCCACGCUGGCUAAGUAGGUAAGACGCUGGCUCGCUAGCCUGGAGGUCGCGUGUUCGAUCCCUGUAUUGGCCGAGAAAGUUCAUCGGAAAUUUCUGACGUGGUUUCACCUUGUCGGUGGUGCAUCCCUCAUACAAAACUGUAUGGCGUAUGCCCGUCUUCAUUAGCCCAGUCGGAGUAGAACAGUAGGACGUUAAACACCAUUUCAUUUCAUUUCAUUUUUUCAAAAUAUGUAAAUAUAAAUGUGCCAGCAAAUUAUUUAAAUAUUUGAAAAGAGAAGUGAACGUACUUUUUAGUGAUACGUAAAAUAUCUGGAAUUUGUAUUAAGACAGGUGUGUUCACUUUAAAUACCCCAACCCCCGUCAUUUAAUAGUUUUGUACCACACGAAUUUGAUCGUUUUUCUUUCCCUUUGUCAGUGAUGCUCGGGGUUAUCACUACUAUAUGUCCAUUCUAAAUUCAUACCAUUUAUUGUAAAGGUUUUAUUGCUUUUAUGUUUUAUAAAGGUUCAUUUAUUGCUUGCGGGAGACCGGGCUAUUAAAAUGUUGUGCCGAUUUAUAAUAUUAUUCGCUCUUGUUGUAUUUCUUUUUGUUGCCAACUAGUAAUAUAUCAGUUGAAUGUGAUUCUAUGUGCAUUUAUAUUUCCAUAAAUUUGAUUCUUGAAUCAUGUUGGAUAGGGGAGACUACACUACACACACGCUGAAAUGUUGGCGUAUAGAAAUUGAAUGUACGUCUAAAUCAGUUUAUAUACAUUUAUAUUUCAGUGAAGGGACCACGUGGCUAAGUGGGUAAGACGCUGGCUCGCUAGCCUGGAGGUCGGGUGUUCGAUCCCUGCAUUGGCCGAGAAAGUUCAUCCAGAUUUUCCGGCGUGGUUUCCCCUUGUCAGUGAUGCAGGACUGAGGGCCUGACAAGGACAGCUGUUUAGUCCUUCGGAUGAGACGAAAAACCGAGGUCCCGUGUAUAUAUUGGAAUGGACGUAAAAGAUCCCCUGGCAGAUGGAAUUCGAUAUAAGAGUAGGCGAUAGUGCCGCUGCCCGGGCACAAUUCCCCUCAUAGCAAACUGUAUGGCGUAUGCCCGUCUUCAUUAGCCCAGUUUAGGAGCAGAACAGUAGAACGUUAAACCCCAUUCCAUUUUAAAGGAGCUAGGUCGCUAAUAUUUGGGACCUAGAAAUUGACACAUAGUGGGUCGGAACGCAUAUAAUAAUGUAAUAUGAAUGUAUAUAAAUUGAUUUACAUAACAUCGUUUCUGUUUUUACUGUAAUUUCUAAUCAGUUAGAUUCGGCCAAAUACGGCAGUAUUCUCAAUCAAAUUUCAAUCUCUAGCGUCUGGUUUUUCCAGUCUACGCCGAUAGUAUUUAUUGGGCAUGCUCUACAGAUAAGAAUAUACCGUCACCGUUUGACAUGACUUGUGGAAUAUGCCUAGCCUCGUUUUUCGAGUCCCUUAUUACAAAUAGCGCUGAAACGCAUUAUGGUACACGAUUCGUGUACCAAUUGUAAAAUGUUUAUUUUGUCUUAAAUAUUGGAUAUCAGAAGGUUAUCUUUUCCCGGUAAGAUCACGACAUCAAUUUUGAUUUAAAUUGACAAAUAAUUCGUGUUUUCAAUGUCGAAGAUUUUGGAUGAUAUUGAGUUAGGGACUUAGCUACUAUAAGUUUCGAAGGAACAGGGCUAUACACAAUUAAAUGAUUUUUGUAACCCCUGGGAUGCAGGUACAAUGAGCCAAAGUCUCAGAGAUCUUUAGCUGUCGGCCACCCCGAAAUUAAUCAUAACAUGCACAUCAAAAGGUAAAAGUAUGUGGUAAUAAUUGAAAUUUUAAAUGCAAUGUAGAGCUUGAAAUAGACGACAAUUAAUGCAAUAUGAAUGUAUAUAAAGAUAUAUUCUUUCA